CUGAUGUAUUACUCCACACGCCCCAGGCUUACUCCGACCGUUCUCGCCAAGGUUCCUUCAUUUGAUGUAGGAUGACUUAACGAUUGUCAUCUGUUCCUGUCUCGAGAUCUGACCGGCCCAGACUCAGCAAGAACCAUGCAGUCUGCCGCAGAAAAGCCCAAGAAGGCUCCUCGUAAGCACGUUACGACGGCUUGCGUCCCCUGCCGCGAGAGCAAAAUACGGUGUGACGGCGCCACUCCGAACUGUCACAAUUGCCAGAAGAAAGGAAAGGAGUGCAAGUACCAGCAUGGUGAUGACAAGAGGAAAGUGUCUCUUCGUGCUGCCACAGAGCUGUUCGCUGCAAGAAUCGACCAGCUCUGUCAGUUUAUCUAUGAUCAUGGCCUGGAACCGCCUCUCAUGGAUCCCGGGGAGGAAGCAGCUUUGAAUAGAGUCCUAGACACUCUCCGAAUCCCAUGGAGUUUGGCGAAGAAAAGGGACCCUGGGAUGAAAGAUGGACAGACCGUACAGUUACAAGGGCACGUUUUACCUUCCCCCGGUAGAAGCUUACGCGCCUCCCCUCUUGGUGGGCAAUUAACUCAAGAGCGUGAACGGGCAUCAGCAGCAAGCUCCCCUCAGAGUAUGCUGGUUAAUCCAUCAUCUAAUGACUACAACUGUAUACACUGGGACUUUGGCCUCCCGUCUACGGAGGGAUUUAAUACAACAAAUGCCAAAACAGGAGAGACCUUGGAAUUACCAGCUGACUCUGGGCCGAGUCCGGAUGAGCUACAGUUGGAUCCUGCGGUCAUGCGGGGACUCGCCCUCAGGCUCGGGCAAGUGCGGGACGAUGAGACCGAUGAUGAAACGGACAGUGAUGAGGAAGACGAGGCAGAGAAUAAUGUUAUCGAGCAGCUCUCGCAUCGAAUCGGCACUCUGAAAAUUGCUGGAGAUGGCCAUCUACGAUACUAUGGUGCAACAUCCAAUCUCAACCUAGUGGAUGUAUCAGCGACGCAACAAAGACAACGUCCUGAUGCGCGCACGGUCCGCCAGGAUGGACAGGAAAUUCUGAAUUACCUAGGAAUUGGGCAGCAUGUUGAACAGGCCCUUGAAGACCAUCUUGUGGAACUGUAUUUCACUUGGCAGAACCCCAGCGCGUAUGUAGUUGACAAAGAGAUGUACAUGCUUGCCCGCUCGAACUGGAGGGAUGAACAAAAUGACACUCCAUUCUAUUCGGAAGUCCUAACCAAUGCCAUGUGUGCUGUUGGGAGUGCAUUCGAGGCACGCUAUCAUCCUACAUUCAUAACAUUUCCCAAAUCCCUUGCCGAGUUUUUCGCCGACAAGGCCAAGGCUCUUCUUGAAAUCGAGCUAGACUCCCCGUGCGUUGCCACGGUCCAGUCUCUUAUCAUCCUCAGUUGGCACGAGGGCGCCUCAAACCGUGAUGCUCGCGGUUGGUUGUAUAGCGGGAUGUCAAUGCGACUCGCAUUUGACCUUGGACUGCAUAUUGACAUGACUCCAUAUGUAGAAAAGGGCGACAUGAGCAUCUUUGAAGCCAACGUCCGGCGAGCAACGUUUUGGGGGAGUUAUAUUGCAGAUCAUUUCUGGGGUUUCUAUUUAGGGCGGCCCUUUCGCAUGAAUGCGGGUGAUAUCACAGUGCCCAAGCCUGCAGACUACGACGGAGGGAAGGAAGGUGUCUGGCAUCCUUACGGGAUGGAUACGCAGUCCGAAGUCCUGAAUAUGGGACUGAGGGACCCAGCUGAAUUGAUUAGCAGACAGUUUGCUAUUUUGUGGGAGAUCGUGUCGCCCGUUAGUCAUAUCCUCUAUGGCUGCACUAAUAUCUCUCGCCAUGAGCUACAGAGAAUUACUCACAAGGUGACCGAAAAUCUAUUUGCUUGGAAGGCGAACCUUCCCCCAAUUCUAGAGGUUGACCUGGAUGACGCAACGACCCCAAAGCUGCCUCAUCUUUUGAUGCUACAUAUGCAAUAUCACCAGAUUGUGAUCUUCUUCCAUCGGCCCUGGUUUUCUAAAAAGUACAUCCAACCGCGUUAUCCUCGGCAGGGGCCUGGAUAUCUUCAUGCCCGGAGGAUGUGCAUCGAAUCUGCUAUUGCCAUUGCGAAGCUUCUCAAACUGUACGAGAAGCACUAUACAUUCCGUCGCAUGAACAAUCAGGUUGUCGCCAUUAUAUUUACUGCAGCAUUGAUUCUCCUCUUCAUCACCAUAUCGAAUUACCCGAAAUCUCCCAAACGGGGCUCCAAUGACGGCAACAGCAAUGCAGACAAGGUGGCUUAUUUAAACCUCUGCUUCCGCGCAUUGGAUGAACUAGGCCCGGCUUUUGAGAACGCGAAACGCACUCGCGAUUUUCUCGUCAGCUUACAGAGGAGAUGGCAAUCACAAAUGCGCAAGUCCGGCUCAGAAAAGAGACGCCAAACGAGUAGCAAUGCUCCUGUCCAACGGCGGUCAUCGCAGCAGCGACUCUUAUCCAAGGGACCGGUUCGACAGCCAAUCCCCGAAUCUGACAUUUCUAGAAAGAAGUCAAAACUGGAGACGGAAAAUUCUGGAAAUACCCUUUUCACGACACCCACUACUAUCACCACUUCCCUUUCUUCCAUUCCCGGUGUACCGCUCCACUCUCCCGGGCUCAAUCUGCAGCAGCAACGGCAACAACAGCUCCCGACCCAGCCUGGAGAUAUAAAUUGGAUCUCUAGCGCGGACGUCAAUUUAUUAUCAGACCCUCUUACGAAUUACGGAUUUCCUUUCCAGAUGAUGACAAAUAUUAAUGAGAAUAGCCCAUCGUACGUUGAGGGCUCUGAGUUUCCAUCUCUCUCGGAUCUCGAGGCAUGGUGGGAGUCUCCAGAUACGACGUUCAGAACGGGAGCGGGUGAUCCAUCUGUUUAG